UUAGCUUCAAGACCCUUCUUUGCUGUGUUGCCAUUUUGAAAAAGGGAAACAAACAGUGACUUUUUGGUUGACAAGAAGAAAUGCAGAAGAGAGGUGGCCAGUGCUGAGUCCAUGGAGGACAGUGGGAAGGCCGCCUGACCUUUCAGAGUCUAAGAGACUGCAGAGAAAAUGGAGCCCCAAAACCUAUCCAAAGUCACUGAGUUUCAGCUCUUAGGAUUCCAGAACCUUCUCGAGUGGCAGUCCCUCCUCUUUGCCAUUUUCCUGUGCUUCUAUCUCCUCACCAUCACAGGCAACAUGGUGAUCAUUGCUGUGGUGAGUGAGGAUCCGCGCCUGCAUGCUCCCAUGUACACUUUCCUCCAACACCUGUCCUUCCUGGAGAUCUGGUACACAUCCACCACGGUUCCCCUGCUGCUGUCCAACCUGGCCUCCUGGGGCCACAUGUUAUCCUUCCCCGCCUGCAUGGCCCAGCUGUACUUCUUUGUGUUCUUCGGUGCUACUGAGUGUUUCCUCCUCGCCACGAUGGCUUAUGACCGGUACCUGGCCAUCUGCCAUCCGCUCCACUACUCUCUUCUCAUGAGCCCUGAUAACUGCGCAGCUCUGGUAACAGUCUCCUGGGUGACAGGGGUGGGCACGGGCUUCCUGCCUUCCCUCCUGAUUUCUAAGUUGGACUUCUGUGGGCCCAACCGCAUCAACCAUUUCUUCUGUGACCUCCCUCCGUUAAUCCAACUGUCCUGCUCCAGCGUCUAUGUGACAGAAAUGGCCAUCUUUGUCCUGUCCAUCGCUGUGCUAUGCAUCUGUUUCCUUCUAACCCUGGUGUCCUACGUUUUCAUAGUGUCCUCCAUUCUGAGAAUCCCCUCCACUUCCGGCAGGAUGAAGACAUUUUCUACAUGUGGUUCCCACCUGGCUGUGGUCACCAUCUACUACGGGACCAUGAUCUCCAUGUAUGUGCGCCCAAAUGCACAUCUGUCACCGGAACUCAACAAGGUCAUUUCCGUCUUCUACACUGUGGUCACUCCACUGCUGAACCCAGUUAUCUACAGCCUGAGGAACAAAGACUUCAAAGAGGCUGUGAGAAAAAUCAUGAGAACCAAGUGUGGGGUCUACAGAGCCAGAGUGAAAGAAAGUGUAGUCACUAAGUAGGAGGCCUGCACACACGGUGCACUAGAAUUGUCUCCCCCAACCCCAUGGAGCUGGGGCACAGACGAUUCUCUAAAGCACUGUUAGACUGACCUUUUAGACCCAGAGCCUGAUGUUACUCAAUAGCCGUACAAAGAAUGAAUGGAAAAAUAAAAGUUUGAAAUGCCGUCACAGUAAGAAAGAAUAAGUAAAAACUUCUGAGGUG